AGGAGGCUGGUUUGUGCAUAAGUUGAAGCUCUGCCAUACAGGCGCUGGGUUGGUGGUAGGCGGGGCAUGCCUGGGUCGUCGGCCGGAAGCAGAAGUGGAGGAAAGAUGCAGGACCAUCAGCACGUGCCCAUCGACAUCCAGACCAGCAAGCUGCUCGACUGGCUGGUGGACAGAAGGCACUGCAGCCUGAAAUGGCAGAGUCUGGUGCUGACGAUCCGAGAGAAGAUCAACGCCGCCAUCCAGGACAUGCCUGAGAGCGAAGAGAUCGCCCAGCUGCUCUCUGGCUCCUACAUUCACUACUUCCACUGCCUGAGGAUCGUGGACCUUCUCAAAGGCACCGAAGCUUCCACCAAAAAUAUUUUUGGCCGGUACUCUUCGCAGCGAAUGAAGGAUUGGCAGGAGAUCGUGGCCCUGUAUGAGAAGGACAACAGCUACCUAGUGGAACUCUCCAGCCUGCUGGUUCGGAACGUCAACUAUGAGAUCCCGUCGCUGAAGAAGCAGAUCGCCAAGUGCCAGCAGCUGCAGCAGGAAUACAGCCGCAAGGAGGAGGAGGGCCAGGCCGGGGCCACCGAGAUGCGGGAGCAGUUCUACCACCUGUGCAAGCAGUACGGCAUCACGGGAGACAGCGUCCGAAGGGAGCUGCUGGCCCUGGUGAAGGAGCUGCCGAGCCAGCUGGCCGAGAUUGGGGCGAGGGCGCAGUCCCUGGGGGAAGCCAUUGACCUGUACCAGGCCUGUGUGGAGUUCGUGUGUGAAAGUGCCGGAGAGCAGGUGUUGCCGAUGCUGCGAUUCGUGCAGAAGCGGGGAAACUCCACGGUGUACGAGUGGAGGAUGGGGACGGAGCCCUCCGUGGUGGAGCGGCCGCACCUCGAGGAGCCUCCAGAGCAGGUGGAAGAAGAUGCGAUCGACUGGGGCGACUUCGGGGUGGAGGUGGCUUCUGAAGGGACUGACCCUGGCAUCUCAGCCCAGGCCGCUGGCAUCGACUGGGACAUCUCCCUGGAACCGGACUCAAAGGAAGCCGGGGAUGGCGGGAUAGACUGGGGCGACGAUGCUGCCGAUGCUGCUGCUUUGCAGAUCACCGUGCUGGAAGCCGGAACCGAGGCUCCGGAAGGCGUGGCCAGGGGCUCCGAUGCCCUGACACUUCUCGAGUACCCCGAGACCCGGAAUCAGUUCAUCGAUGAGCUCAUGGAGCUCGAGGUCUUCUUAGCCCAAAGAGCGGUGGAGAUGAGCGAGGAGGCAGACGUCCUGUCCAUCAGCCAGUUCCAGCUGGCGCCCGCCAUCCUGCAGGGCCAGACCAGAGAGAAGAUGGUUGCCAUGACGUCGGUGCUGCAGGACCUGAUUGGCCGGCUCACCAGUAUUCGGAUGCAGCACCUGUUUAUGAUCUUGGCCUCACCAAGGUAUGUGGACAGAGUGACCGAGUUCCUCCAGCAAAAGCUGAAGCAGUCCCAGCUGCUGGCGCUGAAGAAGCAGCUGAUGGUGCAGAAGCAGCAGGAAGCGCUUCAGGAGCAGGCAGCUCUGGAGCCCAAGCUGGACCUGCUGCUAGAGAAGACCAGGGAGCUGCAGAAGCUGAUCGAAGCCGACAUUUCCAAGCGGUACAACGGGCGCCCCGUGAACCUCAUAGGAACCUCUCUGUGACACUCUCCACGUUCCCCCUGCUCAUCCCCUGGGCCUUCAGGACGGAGCUGGGACAGCCGGGGCUGAUGUCCUGGGGCCCUUCCCGGCAGGAGGCCAGGCCGACUGGAGGGUGGAAAGCCACAUGCUGGAACCAUCGCCCAGGCGGUGACCUUGGCAUUCACUGUACUCUGCAAGAAGCUGUCCUGAUGGGCCCUGUGGCCUGUCAGCCUGAAACCAGCCCCUGCUUCUCGCCAUCGAGUUGGACUUAAUAAAAGAGGAAGAGACUCUGGCUUCAUUCCUG